AUGGCAAUGCUGCGUCCUUCCAAACGACGUGAGAGUGCGAGUGCCUUGAUGGACACGCCGAACAAUGCUUCUUCCACUGUCGCCAGCUCGACGACCGAUCACAUGACGCCAUCAUCCUCACUGACAAGUACGCAAGUCACAAGCCCAGUGCCAUCGUCUAUGAGCACCAAUUCACCUAUCGGCACAGCACCAGGUCGCCGCAUCAUGUACGGUAUGGGGCAAAAUGCUAGCACGACCUCGUCGCUUGCGUCAGGAUCGAGUGUGUUGAUAACAGGACCGUCACUGGGUAUGCUGGGCGACGUACUUGAUAAACAGCCGGCGCAUUUGCCCCACUUGUACUCGAAAUAUGAUGAUCAUUGGAUUCGUCGCGUUGCCAGUGCGCCCGAUACCAAUGCUUUGUACCAAGCCACACCAGCACCACCAGUUUUCCAGGGAUGGCCUGCGAUCAACACCCACGACGGAGUCCCACAUGCGCCUGACUCGGUUAGUACAAGCCCGCGGCUUGAAGGAUCAAGCGAUUUAUUCCAUGGUUACACGCAGGACGCGCUGUGGAAUGUGUCGCUUCAGACGCAAACAUUGCCCCUGCCACACUCGCAAUCUCACAUCCAGCUUCAUACCCAGCCGUCCAGAUUGCAGCAGCCAACGCAACCAAUGACAGCUUCUCAGCAACAAGUGCUUCGGAACAUGUCGCCACCACCACCACCACUAUCUGCGACUACGUCACCAACAGAGUCUACGCACGAGACGUCGGUGCCAACGCCAUGGGAAUCUCAGAGUGCCAUAGGCAAGGGCUCGUCACCUCUCCGUUUACAGCCAGCCGCACAGAUUGAUGCCAUACCUGCCACACAUAUGGCGGAACCAAUAUCACCACGUCGUACACGGUUCCUGCCGUCGCUUCGGAUAGCUCCCAAGUCGCGCCAAGCAUCGGAUAAUACGAACGAUGCACCUAUGCGGCGUUUGACGCGCCUGUUCAAAUCCAAAAGUUCCGGCACACUGCAAGCAGAUGCAACCAAAGCGGAGGAAUCGCGCCCGCCCAUGCCGACGACAGUGACAACAGCAACGACAGCAGCCACGCUCCGAACUACCUCACGUGUCAAGACAAGUGAUGUGCUUGUGUCGAUUGACGAAUUCCAGACCAUCAAGCUGCUAGGCAAGGGUGAUGUAGGCCGUGUGUACCUUGUGAGGCAUCGACAAACAGACACUCCUUAUGCGCUCAAGGUGCUAUCGAAAGCUGAAAUGAAGAAACGCAACAAAGUGAAGCGUGUACUGUCCGAGCAAGCGAUUUUGAUUGCAUCCAACCAUCCAUUCAUUGUGCCUCUGUAUCACACAUUCCAAACAACCGAUUACCUGUAUCUGUGUAUGGAGUACUGCUGUGGUGGCGAGUUCUUCCGUGCGUUGCAGUCACGACCUGGGCGAUGCCUAUCGGAAGAUGAUGCGCGUUUUUAUGCCGCCGAGGUUGUGGCUGCGCUCGAAUACCUGCACUUGAUGGGCUUCAUCUAUCGAGACCUGAAGCCCGAAAAUAUCCUGCUUCAUCAGUCGGGACACGUGAUGCUCUCCGACUUUGACCUGUCGGCGCAGGCUCACGAACAAGUGGCAGCACCGGCCGUGUUCCAAGCAUCGCCACGCGCUGCGCCCAUGGUCGAUACCCGUGCGUGCAUUGCCGAUCUGCGCACAAAUUCGUUCGUUGGGACGGAAGAAUACAUUGCGCCCGAAGUCAUCAAAGGUUGCGGCCAUACAUCUUCCGUUGACUGGUGGACAUUGGGCAUCUUUGUAUAUGAAAUGAUCUAUGCUACGACACCCUUCAAAGGGACAUCGCGCAAUACGACCUUUGCAAAUGUGCUGCGCAAAGAUGUCUCCUUCCCAGACGGUGUGCCAAUGUCCACAUCAGGACGCAAUUUUAUUCGAAAACUGCUUGUAAAAGAUGAACAUAAACGCUUAGGCAGCCAGCUUGGCGCUAGUGAAGUGAAACAGCACCGAUGGUUUGCCAAUAUAUCAUGGGGCCUCCUGCGAAACCAGACGCCUCCCAUCAUCCCUGAUUCGCAGCAACUGUCUACCCUCAUUCAAGAAGCCGAGGCUAAACCAGUUCGGUCCCACGAGUGGGAACACCAGACCGUUUUGGAUAUGAAAAAGUACGAUGCGACGCCCUUCCACGACUUCCGUAAUGUGUCAAUCCUUCGAACAGCCACGUAG